AUUUCCAUUUUCGUAAUCAGUGCUACGGUUUCUGAUCAUUUUCCUUAGUCACUUGUCAUUAAACUACUGCUAUCAUAUUCUCCAAUGUCUAUUUAUAUCUUUUCUCGCUCCCCCAUUUUCUUCGGUAACCGGCUUCUUCCCUCUUUCUCACUUCCGAAGCUCUCACUAGCCCACUCUCAUGGCAGCUCCACCCUCAAACCUCGAGCUCCGACCCUUGGGAAACACCGGGCUGAAGGUCAGUUCUGUGGGUUUUGGAGCCUCCCCUCUUGGUAGUGUCUUCGGCCCUGUCUCCGAAGACGAGGCUAUCGCCUCCGUCCGUGAAGCCUUCCGGCGGGGCAUCAAUUUCUUUGACACCUCUCCGUAUUAUGGAGGAACAUUGUCAGAGAAGAUGCUUGGUAAGGGACUUAAAGCCCUAGGAGUUCCUAGAAAUGAAUAUAUUGUGUCAACCAAGUGUGGGAGGUAUAUAGAGGGCUUUGAUUUUAGUGCUGAAAGAGUAACUAAGAGCAUUGAUGAGAGUUUGGAAAGAUUGCAGUUGGACUAUGUUGAUAUACUGCAAUGCCAUGAUAUUGAGUUUGGGUCUCUGGACCAGAUUGUGAAUGAAACAAUCCCUGCCCUUCAGAAACUAAAGGAAGCAGGGAAGAUUCGUUUUAUUGGUAUAACUGGACUCCCAUUAGAAAUCUUUACUUAUGUGCUCGAUCGGGUUCCACGUGGUGCAGUUGAUGUGGUUCUCUCAUACUGUCACUAUAGUAUUAAUGAUUCAACCUUGGAAGAUUUACUGCCUUACUUGAAAAGCAAAGGUGUGGCUGUAAUUAGUGCUUCUCCACUUGCAAUGGGACUCCUUACAGAGAAUGGCCCUCCAGAGUGGCACCCUGCCUCUCCUGAGCUAAAGUCUGCGUGCCGAGCUGCUGCUACCUAUUGUAAAGAGAAGGGGAAGAGUAUUACUAAGUUAGCAUUGCAAUACAGUUUGUCGAACAAGGAUAUCUCUACAGUACUGGUUGGCAUGAACUCUGUUGCACAGGUUGAGGAAAAUGUUGGUGCUGCCAUAGAACUUUCUACAUUUGGGAAGGAUCAACAAACACUGGCUAAGAUUGAAGCUAUUCUGAGCCCUGUCAAGAAUCAGACAUGGCCUAGUGGAACCCAAAAGAGCUGAUGAUUUGGCCAUCAUAUAUCCUUUACAAUUCUGCCCCACCCCAAGAAAAAAGAAUGCGUUGAAAAUGGAAAGAGAGGAUCGCCUCUCAUUAAUUUAUUAUUAUGCACACAUGGAUCUGAAGCUUAAUAAAUUGUAUGAUUUGUUCAUUCCUCUCAUCAGACGUUUAAGAACUUGGAUUUGGUUUGUGUUUUCAAGCCGUUGUAAAACUAUAUAUAUAUAGCACAAUCAGCUACAACACUACCUAAAUAAGUAUGAUUACACUUUCUAAUUAA